AAGCCGUAUAAUUUUUUAGGUUAUGUUAAAAAUUUGAAUACUUACAAUAAAAAAUAAAAAUAGCAGUCAAAACACGAAAUAAAAAUGGGAUCUCGACAAAUAACAGAGAAAUCUUUGGCGAUGUUGCGCUCGUUGCCUAGAAUAUCAAUAGCCAAUAUUCGUGAUAACCUUGGUGCUAAACAAAAUGUGAAACGCGGCAGAGCUCAACACGGCGGCGAUAAACAUGGUGCUGGUAAUAAGGGAUCAGGUCAAAGACAAAAUUACAUGAGAUUGGGUUACGAAACUGGAAACAACCCCUUUUACUUGAGAAUGCCUAAUGAACAUUAUUAUCGGGGUCAUCACCACAGAAGACAAUAUCCACCAAUGUCACUCCUGGAGCUACAGAGUCUCAUAGAAAGAGAUCGUUUAGAUAUAACAAAACCUAUUGAUAUUGCAGCUAUAGUUAAAUCUGGACUUUACAAUUUUUUCCCAGAUCAAAAACAAUUUGGGAUUAAUCUGACAGACGAAGGAGCUGAUAUUUUUGCUGCUAAAAUUAACAUUGAAGUCCAAUGGGCAAGUGAACAAGUGAUUGCUGCAAUUGAAAAAAAUGGUGGUGUUAUUACUACUGCCUAUUAUGAUCCUCACAGUCUUUUCCUACUUAAGAAUCCUAAGAAGUUCUUUGAAUCUGGGCAAGCUAUACCGAGGCGGAUGAUUCCACCUGCUGAUGCUAUAGAAUACUAUACAAGCCCUGAAUCAAGAGGCUACUUGGCUGAUCCAGAGAAAAUAUCUGAAGAUCGGUUAAGACUAGCCCAAAAGUAUGGUUAUGAAUUGCCCAAGUUAGAAAAUGAUCAACAGUUUGGAAUGCUUUGUGAACGAAAGGACCCCAGGCAAAUAUUUUAUGGUUUAGAACCUGGUUGGGUAGUCAACUUGAGAGAUAAAUGUAUCUUAAAACCAAAAGACGACGAAUUGCGUCGAUUCUAUUCAUCUUAAUUUUAUAUUUAUUUUAGUUGUAAGAUUAAUAAAUUAAA